AAACUAGCUGGCCCAGAGUGAAAAGUCUAUAGAGAAAAGUCUAAGAGAGAAAAAUAAUGUACCAGGGAACACUUUGGUGAGAGGGACAGUGGACACAAACUGGAAUCUGAGGGCCUCUUAAAACCUAGUCUGAAUAAGUGGAGCUCAGUGGGUACCAGACAGGAAUUAGCACAGAUAGGGAGUAAAGUCUACUCUUCAGUAUAGUGAGUGGUAUAGUCAUAUCAGAGGAUGGAUGGGAAUUCUUUCUUGUAUGAACCCAGCAAGGAUAUAAGAACUAAUAGCCAAUCAGAAGAAUAUAUUCAAAACAAGGCCACUGUUUGACAAAAUGCCAGGGGGAGGAGCCAGUCCUUGCUCACCAGUAGGGACACAGAGACCAUAGAAGAAUGAAAGUCCAGGGAUUUUGACCAAGAGCCAAGGAGAAGAAGAUAUCCAGGUCAGAGCAGAAACUGAUUCUUAUGGGGUGCUGAUGGGAGAUGUUCAGGUGGGGCCAAGCUAAAAGGCCUAAAAGCCAUUGAUUACAGCCAAUUUUAAAGUUGGUCAGAGAGAGAUGAGAAAUUUACCAACAGAUCUCUCAAGGACACAGGCUACUUUUGAGAUUGCCAAGGAACUCUGACUCUGCCCAUUAUGUCAUAUUCCUACAGUCAUGGAUUAAUACCAGAUUACUGAGGGCCUUGGCAGCAAAGCAAAGGAGUUUAGACAUGAAAUAAUGGGCACUACGAACCACAGCAAGCUUUUAAGCAAGAGUACAACAAAUGAAAAAAAAAUCAAUCUGGCAAACUGGAUAGAGAAAGAGAGAGCUUGUUAAGGAAGUCCAGUUUGAAAGCUAUUACAGCAACUCAGGACUUAUAUGGUGAGGGAAGCAGCUGUGAGAAAACGAGUUGCUGUCAGAGAGGUGGGAGAUGAAGCCAGAUUGCAGGUGAUGAGCUGGUUGACUGUAUGUGGUAGAUGGUAACAAAAGCCAUAACUAUAGAUGGAUAGCUAUGUAAUAACACAAAUAUAGUAAAGUGUUAGCUGAAGAAAAUAGGUGGUGGGCAUGCAGUCUUCAUGGUACAGUGCUUUUAAAUUUUUUGUAUGUUUGAAAAUUUACACAAUAAAAUGGCAAGAAAAAAUGGCCAAAAACUAAUCCCCUUCUUCUAUCUGUGCCCUUGUAAUACGAUUUUACAGAUUUUCCUGUCAAACAGUGGACUCUUUUCUACCCUGUGAAUCUGAGUUGGCCACGCAACUUGACUUGGCCUGCAGGACAUUAGCAAAUGUGAUAAUGCACAGGCUUGAACAUUUGGGCAUUGGGGUUUACCAUUUUUCUGAUCUAUGGAACCUUGCAACUGCUAUCAUAUAGAUGAUCUUGGACUAGCUUGUUGGAUGAUAGACGCAUGGCCUUGUUACUCUCAUCACUCUAAAGCCGACAGCCAGCCAACCACUAGACAUGUUUGUGGGACCAUUGACUGCCAGCUGAUCACAGACACAUCAGUGAGUCCUGCUGAGAGAAGAACUUCCCAGCUAAGCCCAUCCCAAAUUGGCAACCCACAGAAUUGUGAACAAAUAAUUGACUACCAUUUUAAGCCACUAAGUUUUAAGAAAAUUUCUAUGCAGCAAAAACCAACUGAUACAUUCUUUUUUGGUAUCCCUUUGACUCUAUUCCAAGGGAACUCCAUAUUGAGCCCUGCCUGUCUCUACUUGGCUCUGCAAAGUUUCAGGGAGAGGCCAGUGGUAUCUAGGAGUUAGAGGGAGGAUGACAUAGUAUGGGGACAAUGUGACAUGAGAGGAUGCCAUGGGGUGGAGCCAGUGUGACAUUAGGGCAAGAGUCAAUGUGACAUGGGGGAAGACUCAGCUUGUUAGGUGAGGGGGAUCUGUAGCUCAGAGAGGAGGGAGUUUAUUUGAAAGUUGAGGGCUAGUAAAUGUCACACAGAGAGGUGAAGAUCAGCCACACUAAGUGAGGACAGCUUCCAGGAGACCAGGUUUGUUGUAGUUCACUCCCUUCCCAGAUCUUCUUACUGCAAGAGAGCAUGGAGAUCACAGAUAUGAACCGCCUCUUUCUAGUCUUCAGCAUUCUGACAGUGACUGUGGUAACAACAAUAAUUGUAAUACCAACACCAACACAAGUAAAAUUAGCCCAGCAGUUCAACCAGAUGAGCAUAGAAACUGCACCAACCUUUCUGGUUUUCCUGAACUCAGAAUAUGAGCCUUGUUUGGGGACCCUGAUCCACAAACAGUGGGUUCUCACUGCAGCCCAUUGCUUCUUACCAUUUCUUGAGAUAAACGUUGCGGCUUCAAAAGAGAAUUUUCAAAACAAGAUGGGGAACUUAAGACCCACAUUUAUUGUCCAACACCCAGAUUUUACCCGGGAUUCUGCUGAGCAUGACCUCAUGCUCAUCAAGCUGAAUCAUCCCGUAGAGCUCAAGGAUCAGGUCAAGCUGGUGGUUCUACCCAAUACCACGAAUGACAGAAGAGGGGAGAAGUGCACUGUCUCUGGCUGGGGCUGGGAAUGGAGGAAUUUCAACCCAGAACCUGAUAUCCAGAUAAACCAGACUGUCUUUUGGUUUUCUAAUGAUGACUGCCAAGAAUCCCUUAUAAGACAAAUUCCUAUUAAAAUCACAGAAAACAUGUUCUGUGCAGGAUCAUCUCUGGAGAACACACACUCAUGUAAGGAAUUAGAUGCUGUCCCAAUCCUGUGCCAAAAUCAGCUCCAUGGGAUCCUAUCUUGGUCAGCAGGGUGUAUUUUGAAAGGUGAUAUUGGCUACUACACCAAGGUUUCCCGCUAUACAGACUGGAUCCACAAAGUUAUCCACAGCAACUGAGCUCUCUCUGUUCCCUCUCCCAGUAGCCUCAGAACUGGGUCUACCAUCCUUGACCCUCUUUUCCCUUUAGCCUCAGAACAAGAUGGGAAUAGAGCCUUUAGCUAUAA